UUAUAAUAACAAAAAAUACAGUGCAAAUAUUAAAAACUGAAAAUAAAUCAAAAAACAACAACAACAUAAGCAAAUUCUGCAAAAAUAUGCAAGUGUGACCUACAUAAACCAAUACAACAAUUCUCGCUCAACGGCCAUCUUCGGUGUUGAACUCGUUUGUACAACAAAAAAAAAACACACACGCGCUUGACAGGACGAGUUUUGCUGUGCGACUUACUUGUAUUUGCCUCUUUCUGCUUGUAAAACUUGGCAAGUACACUGUGCGGCGAUAAUAACGAAAAGAAAAUAAACAAUAAAUGUGUUAAACGAAACAAACAACAAAGAAGUAGCGGCGACAACUGUAGCAACAUCAACAAAAACAACUGCGAACGCGAUCGAACGCCGUCGGACUUCGUAUCGUCGGCAUCACAGCACCUUUUACAAUGAGCAAGCGGAAAAAGUUGCUGCAAAGAUUCAUAGCGUGAUAACAGUUAUUCAAAGUACUACUCAACACGCCAAAAACAAAUAAAGCAAUAAAAUCAACUCAUCGAAAUCAAAGUACUGCACAGCAUUCGAUAUCCAAAGACAAUGGUACUCAAUCUACUUUUCAUAACGACUGUGAUAAAAUCUACGUUCGGCGUAGUCACCACCGGCCUUUGGCUUAUACCGUUACUGCUCGCCGCCAUUACGUACUACCGUUACGAUAGCGUCGAUCCAGAGGCGCGACCCAUCGAUCAACUGAAUCUGUAUCCCGAGUAUGAUUUCAUUGUGGUGGGCGCUGGUUCGGCCGGAGCGGUUGUGGCCAAUCGACUCACGGAAAUGCGUAAAUGGAAGGUGCUACUCAUCGAAGCGGGUCCAGAUGAAAAUGAGAUAUCGGAUGUGCCCUCAUUGGCCGCUUACCUGCAGCUGAGCAAACUUGACUGGCAGUAUAAGACACAGCCAUCGAACAAAGCCUGCCUUGGCAUGAAAAAUAAUCAGUGCAAUUGGCCGCGCGGUAAGGUGCUCGGCGGCUCGAGUGUGCUCAACUAUAUGCUGUAUGUGCGUGGUAAUCGACAUGACUAUGAUCAUUGGGAAUCGCUAGGUAACACCGGUUGGGGGUAUGGUAAUGUGCUGCAUUACUUCAAGAAAUCGGAAGAUAAUCGUAACCCCUACCUAGCUAACAACCCUUAUCAUGGACGCGGUGGUCUAAUGACGGUGCAGGAAUCACCUUGGCACUCACCAUUGGUUGCCGCUUUCGUGGAAGCGGGACGCGAGAUUGGUUAUGAGAAUCGUGACAUCAAUGGUGAGAAGCAGGCUGGUUUUAUGAUUGCACAGGGCACUAUUCGUCGUGGCUCGCGCUGCAGCACGGCAAAGGCUUUCUUACGUCCAAUUAGAUUGCGUAAGAAUUUUCAUCUCACCAUGAACUCGCAUGUCACCAAAGUAAUCAUAGAGCCAAGCACUAUGCGCGCUCAUACUGUGGAGUUUGUUAAGAACGGCAAGGUAUUUCGCAUACGCGCCAGACGUGAGAUCAUUUUGUCGGCUGGUGCCAUCAAUACACCACAGAUAAUGAUGCUAUCGGGCAUUGGACCAAAGGCGCAUCUGGAGAAACAUGGCAUACGCGUGUUGCAGGACUUGCCGGUUGGCGAGAAUCUGCAGGAUCACGUUGGUAUGGGUGGUCUUUCGUUUUUGGUUGACAAACCUGUUGCUAUAAUACAAGAUCGCUUCAAUCCCACGGCACUCACCAUGCAGUAUGUGCUGCGAGAACGUGGACCAAUGACAACGCUCGGUGGUGUUGAGGGAUUGGCCUUUGUGCACACACCUUACUCGAACAACUCUAUCGAUUGGCCUGAUAUACAAUUUCAUAUGGCACCGGCCUCCAUUAAUUCGGACAAUGGCGCACGCGUGAAACAAGUAUUGGGUCUUAAAGAGUCACUCUACCAGGAAGUUUUUAAACCGAUUGCCAACAAAGACACCUGGACGAUCAUGCCAUUACUGUUGCGUCCACGCUCACGUGGUUGGGUGCGUCUGAGUUCCUCAAAUCCUUUCCACUAUCCGCUUAUUAACGCUAACUAUUUCGAUGAUCCUUUCGAUGUCAAAACUCUGGUGGAAGGAGCAAAGAUUGCGCUACGUGUAGCAAACGCCAAAGUCUUUAAACAGUUUGGUUCGCGCGUACACCAACGACCAAUGCCAAAUUGCAAGAAAUACAAAAUAUACUCGGACGAGUACUUGGAGUGCCAAGCGCGUACGAUCUCUAUGACGAUUUAUCAUCCUUGCGGCACUGCCAAAAUGGGACCGGCUUGGGAUCCGGAAGCGGUGGUCGAUCCACGGUUACGUGUUUACGGCGUGCGUGGACUGCGUGUAAUCGAUGCCAGUAUUAUGCCGACAAUCAGUAGCGGCAAUACCAAUGCGCCGGUCAUUAUGAUAGGCGAGAAAGGUGCUGACCUCAUCAAGGAGGAUUGGUUAAAAAAUCCGGAAUAUCGCGCAGCUGCGCCAAAGAGUUAGCCAACUAUGACAUAGCUAUGGUUAAGUGAAUAGUAAGGGAAACUUUUUUGGGAACUUUUGGCUGUUAUGCCGUCAGUGCAUGUGGGCAAUCAUAAAUCAGGGGCGUACGUGAGCUUUAUACCGUAAGCGGUGCCAUCGAGCGGAUGGUGUUUCAAAACACCAUCUCAUAUACAAAAUAAAUUAACUGUAGACGUUCUUUAAUUAAGUUCCAUAGGAACUGCUAAUUCCAUUCGAGUCAUAUAUCUUUAUUUUAAGAGUUUUUGCUGUCUAAGCUCUUC